AUGUCUCCUACCUUGCUCAGGAAUGUCGACACAGUUGAAAUUGUGAACAUCCACCAAUGUGACAUGGAAUUCUCCUUGGUGGAUGAUGUGUACAAGAAUCUGGACCCACCAGCUGGAAAACAGCGCACGUUCCCUACCCUCCUACUCUACGACGCCAAGGGAUUGAAGCUCUUUGAGGAGAUCACUUACUUGGAUGAGUAUUACCUUACCAACACUGAAAUCGAGAUAUUGAAAAAGCAUGCGAAGAAGAUAGUCGCACAUAUUCCAGAAAAUGCACAGUUGGUGGAGCUCGGCAGUGGAAACCUGCGCAAGAUCGAGAUUCUACUUCGAGAAUGUGAACGGAGUGAAAAGAAAGUAGAUUACUAUGCUUUGGACCUUUCAUUGGGGGAAUUGCAGCGAACAUUUUCCGAAAUCUCGCCCGAAAGCUUCAUCCAUGUAGGAUUCCAUGGUCUUCAUGGAACGUACGAUGAUGCUGUCGGCUGGCUAAAAAGCCCAGAAAAUCGGAAGCGACCGACACUGGUAUUGUCAAUGGGAUCAUCCAUGGGCAAUUUCAGUCCCCCGGAUGCUGCAGACUUCCUUGGUGGUUUUUCCAAGCUAUUAGGCCCGUCCGAUUUUCUACUUGUCGGAUUGGAUGCAUGCAAAAACCCGGAAAAGGUGUUUAGGGCAUAUAACGACAGCAAGGGCAUUACUCGAAAAUUCUAUGAGAAUGGCCUCCUGCAUGCCAACAGGGUCCUUGGAUUCAAGGCCUUCAAAGCUGAUGAAUGGGAGAUUUUGACCGAUUACGAUAACCGCGAGGGACGGCAUCAAGCCUUUUAUGUUUCGAAAGUUGAUGUGAUCAUCAAUGGGAUCAAGAUUCGCAAAGGAGAAAAGCUCAUCUUUGAAGAGGCAUGGAAGUACGGUCGCAACGAACGGGAUCAGCUGUGGCGUAAUGCAAACCUCAUCUCUCAGGUCGAAUUCGGAAACUCGACAGAUGAUUAUCACCUGCAUCUGCUAUCACCUGCUGCGCUCGAUCUGUCUAUGAACCCUUCAAAGUAUGCAGCCCAACCGAUCCCGAGCAUUGAAAACUUUCAGUCUCUGUGGACUGCGUGGGAUCUCGCAACUAGAACCAUGGUCCCUCACGAGGAGCUUUUGUCUCAACCGAUCAAGCUCAGAAAUGCGUUGAUCUUUUAUUUUGGUCAUAUUCCGACAUUUCUUGAUAUUCACCUGACGCGGGCUUUGCAAGAGGAAUCAACUGAGCCUAGUAAUUAUAAAACAAUUUUUGAGCGCGGCAUUGAUCCGGACGUUGAAGAUCCACAGCAAUGCCACAGCCACAGCGAGAUACCCGAUGAGUGGCCGCCACUGGACGAAAUUCUUGAUUACCAAGAUAGAGUGCGGAAUCGUGCGCUCUCAAUCCUACAACAGGGAUAUGCGUCGCAAGACCGUGCUCUUGGAGAAGCUCUUUGGAUUGGCUAUGAGCACGAAGCAAUGCACCUCGAGACCUUCCUCUACAUGCUGAUCCAGAGUGAUAAGACUCUUCCUCCCACAGGUGUUGAUCGCCCGGACUUUGAGCAAAUCAAUCGCCAAGCGAAGAUAAACAAAAAGCCAAACAAGUGGUUCAGAAUUCCACGGCAGACUAUUGAAAUUGGAUUGAAUGAUUCCAAUGAAGAAGUUGUGCCAAAUCAAUCCUUUGGCUGGGACAACGAGAAGCCCCAAAGAAAAGUCACCGUGCAUGCCUUUGAAGCUCAAGCUCGGCCCAUCACCAAUGGUGAGUAUGCCAAGUAUAUACAGGAUAAGGGCAUUAAAACCUAUCCCGCGUCUUGGGUGUUCAAGCCAAGCCAAGACAAUCCCGUUUCCAAGGGAAUCAGCUCUUCAGAUGCUCAGGCCGGUUCGAGCUCCAGUCCCGCAGGACUCUCUCUGAAAGACAUCACAGUUCGAACUGUGUUCGGGCCUGUGGCUCUUGAAGUUGCACAAGACUGGCCAUUGGCUGCUUCCUACGAUGAGGUGGCGAGCUAUGCAAAGUGCAUGAAAUGCAGGAUCCCGACGUUUGAAGAGACCAGGAGUAUCUAUCAUUACUCGGACCAACUCAAAGGUGAUCGAGUAACAAAUGAUCACAGGAAUGGGGUCAACGGGCUUGCUAAUGAUAGCAAGCCCAAUUCUACCGAUCAGACUGUUUUCCGUGAUCUCACUGGUUGUAAUGUUGGUUUCAAUAACUGGCACCCUAUCCCUGUCACAUCCAAUGGGGAUCAGUUAGCUGGCCAGGGUGAAAUGGGAGGUGUCUGGGAAUGGACCAGCACACCAUUGAUGCCGCACGAUGACUUCAAAGCUAUGGACAUUUACCCUGGAUACACAUCGGACUUCUUUGAUGGAAAACACAAUAUUGUUCUCGGUGGCUCGUGGGCAACUCUGCCUCGCAUUGCUGGCAGGACUACUUUUGUCAAUUGGUACCAGCAUAACUACCGCUAUGCAUGGGCGGGUGCACGACUAGUUAGAGAUAUUUAG